UCCGCAGCGGACCGCUAGCUGUCAAAAAUUAAAAUUCUUCCUUUUGUAAAUAUAGGACAGACUUCAACCAGUUUCCGCCUGAAUUGAGGCUGUGUAUUGAUUUUAAUAAGAAAAUUUUGUCGUUAUGCGUUUUACAUAACAUUGCAACAGCUAGCUUUGGACUGCAUUUACCUUUACAUUCGGUGUCGUCGUCAGACAUGGAGAAAUUUGAAGGCUACAUCUUCACUGCUCUCUGCAGCACCAACUUUUUGGUAUCCUGCCUGCUGUUCUCCAGAGUCACUCGGGAGCAGAGGGAGCCGUACAUGGACGAGAUUUUCCAUGUCCCACAGGCUCAGAAAUAUUGCUAUGGAAAAUUCAACGAGUGGGACCCAAUGAUCACCACUCUCCCAGGCCUUUACCUCAUCUCUGUGGGGGUCAUCAAGCCGGUGGUGUGGCUCGCUGACCUGACAGGUGAGGUGGUGUGUUCCACGGCCAUGCUACGUUUCAUCAACCUGCUCUUCAACUGCGGCAACCUUUACCUGCUCUAUCUGCUCAUCUGCAAGCUGCACCUCAGGGAGAAGACACGAACAACCCCACGCCGGAUCCUAUCAGCACUGUCUCUGUCCACCUUCCCUGUGCUCUAUUUCUUCAACUUCCUCUACUAUACCGACGCUGGUUCUACUUUCUUCAUCCUCUUCACCUACCUCAUGACACUUUACGGCUGCCACAAGGCCUCAGCACUCCUUGGCGUCUGCUCUGUGCUCUUCCGCCAGACCAACAUCAUCUGGUUGGCCUUCUGUGCAGGCACUGUAGUGGCUGCCAAAAUGGAUGAAUCCUGGAGGGUGGAGCAUACAAAAAAGAGAGAUGAGAAGUCUCCUCCAUCCCAAGUUACUCUGUCUUUCAGCGGAGCUAGGAAAAUAAUGUUUUUCACCGUAGAGUUCCUCACCUCACCCAUUCAUGUGAAGGCAGUGCUGUCGGUGGCUUGGCCUUAUGCAGUGGUCGGCGUUGGUUUCCUGGUGUUCAUGGUUCUGAAUGAUGGGAUAGUGGUGGGUGACAGGACGAGCCACAAGGCUUGCCUCAACUUUCCUCAAUUGUUCUACUUCUUCUCCUUCACCCUCUUCUUCUCCGCCCCUGUCUCACUUUGUUACCACCGCGUCCUCCGCUUCCUGCAGGCUCUGAAAAAACAGCCUUCUCUCUACCUUAUUGUCACCGGUGUCUCCUUGUUCCUAGUGUGGAAGUUCACCUUUGUCCACAAGUACCUGCUGGCAGAUAACCGCCAUUUUCCCUUCUACGUGUGGAAAAAGCUUUUCCAGAGGCACGAGCUGGUGCGCUUCCUUCAUGUCCCAGCAUACGUGUUUGCUGCGUGGAAUUUUCUUGACUCCUUCAAGUCCCGCUCGCUCUUCUGGAGUUUUGCUUUCCUGACAUGCGUCCUGGCUUCCACGGUCCCCCAGGAGCUGCUGGAGUUCAGGUACUUUAUUGUUCCCUACCUGAUGUAUCGCCUGCACAUGCCUCUCCCCUCUUUUCCCAGACUCAUUGUGGAGUUUCUCCUUUACACAGCGGUCAACACUGCCACAAUUUACAUCUUCAUCAAUAAGACUUUCCACUGGCCAGAAAGCACAGCCAGACAGAGGUUCAUGUGGUGAACAAAAGAGGCAAGCAAAGUAGUUUUGCUGGUAUCAGAUAUCAGAAGUUACUGGGCUCAAAUACCGAUUAGAUCAAAGAAUUUUCCCAGUGCUACUUUAUAGAGAAGCACAGCACAUGUGAGAUCUCAAAAUUCAAAGCAAAGCCUCUGUUACAUCUCGGUAACAGACAAAAACAGCUCAUAUAUUAAUUUAAUUUCUGUACAGUGUAACCAACUGGCGUUUGGUAUAAUGUAUAGGGACUUCUAAAGCUUAUACUGAGAACCGAUAUUACUAGCUUUAACAGUGAAAAUUACUGAAAAACCCUGGAACACUGAGUCAUAUGUAAAGGUUAUGAUGUGUUUAGUUUUCGUUGACAAAGGCUACAAACCUUACAGAAGUGCUGUCAAUUCACUGAAUCAGUUCACAAUUACAUGAAAAUGAUCGAGAACAUUCAAAGUUUCGGGCUUAAACAAUACAGUGGUGGUAUCAGUAUUGUAAAAUCAUUGGCACAGGUCUGAAUUUACUGUACAUAAAAGUUGUUUAAACUGUACCUGAACACUUUGUGAUCGAGAGUGGAAAAAAUAAAUAAAUGUAAAUGUCAAUUCUGUAUGCAGC